GGCUGGGCGCGGAAGGCGGCGGUGCAGUGCGCGGGGCGGCAGGCAGGCAGGCGGGCGGGGUGGGGUUUGUCUUGCCGGCCGACUCCCACCUCGCCUGGGCUGACGGCGCCUCCGGGAACACUCGCGGCUCCGAGGAUACCUUAUCAUAGUCCUCACUGGACAGAAGUGGAAACAUAAGAAUUGGACCUGUUUUUUCUUUUUGAGGAUUGAAAGAUAGGAUGAACGGUCAUAUUUCGAAUCAUCCCAGUGGUUUUGGAAUGUACUCAUCUCCAGUGAAUGGCUACGGAUCGUCACCCACCUAUUCUCAGAUGGACAGAGAGCACACUUCGAAAACAAGUGCAAAGGCCCUUUAUGAACAGAGGAAGAAUUAUGCACGGGACAGUGUCAGCAGUGUGUCAGAUGUAUCCCAGUAUCGUGUUGAACACUUGACUACCUUUGUUCUGGAUCGGAAAGAUGCUAUGAUAACUGUUGAUGAUGGAAUAAGGAAGCUGAAAUUGCUUGAUGCCAAGGGCAAAGUGUGGACUCAAGAUAUGAUUCUUCAAGUGGAUGACAGAGCUGUGAGCCUCAUUGAUUUAGAGUCAAAGAAUGAACUGGAGAAUUUUCCUUUAAACACUAUCCAGCACUGCCAAGCGGUAAUGCACUCAUGCAGCUAUGAUUCAAUUCUUGCCCUGGUGUGCAAAGAGCCAACCCAGAACAAGCCAGAUCUUCAUCUUUUCCAAUGUGAUGAGAUUAAGGCCAACCUGAUUAGUGAAGAUAUUGAAAGUGCAAUCAGUGACAGUAAGGGAGGGAAACAGAAGAGGCGGCCCGAUGCCCUGAGGAUGAUUUCCAAAGCAGACCCUGGCAUUCCACCUCCACCCAGAGCUCCUGCCCCCGUUCCCCCUGGGACUGUGACACAGGUGGACGUUAGAAGUCGGGUGGCAGCCUGGUCUGCAUGGGCAGCUGACCAAGGGGAUUUUGAGAAACCAAGGCACUAUCAUGAGCAGGAAGAAACACCCGAGAUGAUGGCGGCAAGGAUUGACAGAGAGGUGCAAAUCUUAAAUCACAUCUUGGAUGACAUUGAAUUUUUUAUCACAAAACUCCAAAAAGCAGCAGAAGCAUUUUCUGAGCUUUCCAGAAGAAAGAAAACUAAGAAAAGUAAAAAGAAAGGACCAGGAGAGGGUGUCUUAACACUGAGGGCAAAACCCCCACCUCCUGAUGAAUUUGUUGACUGUUUCCAGAAAUUUAAACAUGGAUUUAACCUUCUGGCCAAAUUGAAGUCUCACAUCCAAAACCCCAGUGCUGCAGAUUUGGUUCAUUUUCUGUUUACUCCUUUGAAUAUGGUGGUACAGGCAACAGGAGGUCCUGACCUAGCCAGUUCAGUACUGAGUCCUCUCUUGACUAAGGACACGAUUGAUUUCUUAAGUUACACUGUCAACGCUGAGGAACGGCAGUUGUGGAUGUCAUUGGGAGAAGCUUGGAUGAAAGCCAGAACAGAGUGGCCAAAAGAACAGUUUAUUCCCCCCUAUGUCCCACGUUUCCGCAAUGGUUGGGAGCCACCAAUGCUGAACUUCAUGGGGGCACCAAUGGAGCAAGAUCUUUAUCAACUGGCUGAGUCCGUGGCAAACGUAGCAGAACAUCAGCGCAAACAGGAAAUAAAAAGAUUAUCUACAGAGCACUCCAGUGGAUCAGAAUACUCUCCUGAUGCAUACACAUACAACAGCAACAUGUACACGAGAGGGCCUCAUCUGGACCAAGGGGAAGCUGCUGUUGCAUAUAAGCCAACUCCCAACCGCCAUGUAGAUAGAAAUUAUGACCCAGUGAAAACACAACCCAAGAAAUAUGCCAAAUCCAAGUACGACUUUGUAGCAAGGAACAACAGUGAGCUGUCCGUCCUAAAGGACGAUAUUUUAGAGAUACUUGAUGAUAGGAAGCAGUGGUGGAAAGUUCGAAAUGCAAGUGGAGACUCUGGAUUUGUGCCAAAUAACAUUUUGGAUAUUGUGAGACCUCCAGAGUCUGGUGUAGGGCGUGCUGACCCACCAUAUACGCACACCAUACAGAAACAAAGGAUGGAGUAUGGUCCAAGAACAUCAGAUACUCCCUCUGCACCCUCACCUCCUCCUGCGCCAGCUCCUAUUCCUGUUCCCCUUCCACCUUCUGCUCCUGCACCUGUUCCUGUAUCUAAGGUCCCAGCCAGCAUAACCCGGCAGAACAGCAGCUCCAGCGAGAGUGGCGGCAGUAUUGUUCGAGACGGCCAGAGACACAAACAACUUCCAGUGGACCGAAGGAAAUCUCAGAUGGAGGAAGUGCAGGAUGAGCUCAUCCACAGGCUGACCAUUGGUCGGAGUGCUGCUCAGAAGAAGUUCCACGUGCCACGGCAGAACGUGCCAGUUGUCAACAUCACCUAUGACUCCACACCCGAGGAUGUGAAGACAUGGCUGCAGUCCAAGGGAUUCAACCCUGUGACUGUCAAUAGUCUUGGAGUAUUAAAUGGUGCGCAACUUUUCUCUCUCAAUAAAGAUGAGCUGAGGACAGUCUGUCCUGAAGGGGCCAGAGUCUUUAGCCAAAUCACUGUACAAAAAGCUGCAUUAGAGGAUAACAAUGGCAGCUCUGAAUUGCAAGAAAUCAUGCGAAGACGACAGGAAAAAAUCAGUGCCGCUGCUAGUGACUCAGGAGUGGAAUCUUUUGAUGAGGGAAGCAGCCACUAAUUUGUGUGUGUGUGUGUAUGUGUUUGUUUUUAAAUUCCAUAAUCUUGACAUUAUUCCAACAUGCUUUGUUUUAAGAAGCCUUGAAGGGAAUGUCAGAUUUGUUUUUUUUCUUGGCCUACUUAAUUUAUCGCCAUAAAAAAAGCAAUGCAAACCUGAGUAAGCAGAGGACUUGUUUGUGGGACCAUUAUUUUUAUUAAGACUGAAAAAUCUUAAACUGAAUUUUUUGCCCUUGGGAAAUACUUUUCCUGCUUGACCACAGUGGACCUUUGUUAGGUUAUUUAAUCCAUAUUUCAGAGUAUACACAGGAACUUUUUGACAGUGGCAACUGAAUUCACUGCAACAAAGCAAAGAUGUUGUCAAUGGUUUGAAAUCUAAGCAAUUGCAGUUUUGCCUGUGAAUGUGGUGUCUGUCCUCAUCAUGUGAGCCGCUGCUUACUUAGGUCUCUGACAUACUCAAUGACAGACUGUUUAGGUUUAUUUAAAGUUCUUAAUGCCAACAGUUAAAAAAAAAUUGAAACAUUUUAAUAAACUGUAAAGUACAGCCAAGCCUUGCACUUGCAAAUGUAAAGCUAUGGAACAUUCUAGAGACAUUUUAUUUAUCACAGCUCUAUUGAUCACAACUCCUUGCAUAGUUUGUGUAUUGAUUUAGUUUAUGUUCUGCUUGUGAUGUGAUAGUGUGUUCCUAUAUGUGAGAAAGCACAAGUCAGAAAGAGGUCAUAUACAAUCAAAAUCUAUGGAAGGAAAGAACCUGCAUUUGUAUGUGUUACAGUAUUUUGCUUAAUGGAGGCCUCUGUUCUGAAUAUUGAUAGAAGUAAUUGAAAGGAAAUUGGGGCCAUUUAUUGUGUUUUUCUGUGUCAAGUCAUUUUGGUAAUAAGAAACACUUAAUUUACACAUAUUUUAAUCUAGUUGGAAGAUUCUAGAUAGAAGAAAGAGAGAGACCUAACCUUCAACAAAUGUUAUUUUUGGAAACACAAUUUUUGUCAUUAAAUGUUAUAUUAUUUCACAUAUAUAAAACAGAUGUUAUGUAAGAAUGUUGUAUAUUUUAACAUAAAUCCAUCUAGAAAGAUGAUCUAGAUUCAUUAAUUUUCAUAGUGCCUUUUCACAUGAGUCAGGUGGAAAGUCUGCAAUAAACAGUAUUUGCUGUAUGUUAAUAAAUGGCUUCUGUUUCAUUAACAAAGGGGAUCUUUGCUGUGUAGACUAGAGUUUAGUAUUGACUGGAAUGCAUUGGAAAAAGUAAAAAUCUACAUUUUUUUUCUAAUGAGGUUCUGUUAAUUUCUGAGUAGGUAAAACUGCUAUGGAACACUUUCUCCAAUUGUUUAUUUUCUUUCCACCGUGUUUAUUUCAACAUAUUUUCUUUCUACCACCUAGUAACAGUUGGUAAUAGUAGUGAGAAUUAAAUUUAUAUAGCACUUAAAAUAGCUAAAAGCCUUCAUGUACAUACUUUACUAAACAUUUACAAAUAACUCCAAAUUAUAUGAGGAGACUUCAGAGAGCUUGUGGGAACGUGAAAUUAAAAGGUAAGUGUAUUUUUAUGCAAAAAAGUGAAAUCUAUGCAUAGUUUUUCAUACCAUGCAUUUUCCAUGACCUUUUCAUUGAUCCUCCCUAUGCAUGGAUUUCAGAGUGGAACUUUGCACCAAAAUAAGCUUGUAUUUGAAUCCAUUUUCCAUGAGCUUUCUGAAGCACCCUAGUACUUUCAUGGGUGAGGAAGUGUAGUUUCCUAGAAGCUAAUUUAUUCCAAAUCAUGAAAGAUUUGGAAGUUUCUCACUUUCCAUCUCAGUGUCUCCAUAAUACCUCCCCUUGGACUAUGCGGCACAUGUGAGAAUGAGAAAGGAGUAUAAGUUUAGAUCUUUUAUAUUUCAUAAGCACUGAUACAUGUUGAGAACUUAGUCCUUAAGUAAAACUCUCUGAAAAUACAUGGAGGUGACAAAAGAAAAGGAUUUAAAAUGAACAUAACCUGUGUGUAAAGUAGUGUAUCUGAUUUGAAACUGAUAGGUCCAACUUGCAUCCCUAUGCUGGAAAAUACAAAGGAAAGUCUCCCCAGAGUAGUGAUUGCUGGAAGCAUUCCCCUCACCAAGGACUGUGAGCACAAAGAUAAGAGGUGAAUGGAGUGUAGCUACCUGCACGAGAGGCACUCCAGAGUGGGGAUCCAGACAUCUGAGGCGCGUGCUCACCAGGGCCUCACAAGUUUGGAGGAAAAACCUGUAGAGAAGGAAAGCAAACCUCUGAGAGCAGGGCAAGGCCUAAUGGGCACUCUUGCCUCAGGAAUUCAGAAAAUUUUUCAGAAAACCCAUGGAGCUGGAAUUUGGAGCUCCAAGGAGAGCAUGCAGCCAGCUGGUGCUUGGAUGUCUAAAAGGACCAAGAGACUUCUGGGAGCAUGGGGGAAAGCAAACUGGUUACUGAAACCGACACUGCUGCCACCGAGAAUCAUUUCUGCUUGCAGAGUUAAGAGUUAUGACCAGGGUGAUGUUGGUAGGAACACAACAGAAAAUAGGAAUGAGGAGUUCCUUGGUCCUCCUGUCGCCCUCUGUAGCCUUCUACCUCCCUGUAGCACAUAUUUUGGGUGGAUUCUAUCAGGCACCCACAGGCAAAACCCCAAAUCACCAAGAUGAGAAUACAGGUGGAUUUGAAGCAGAGAGAGCGACUCCAUAACCAUCACAUUUUGGCUUCUGCCUAUUUAGCCUCUACACUUACUCUUCUAUGUUUCUUAAAUUAUAUAUGACAAUUAUAAAACAGUUGCAGUUUUCUCUAACAAAGUGUAAUCAUCCUCUGACAUUUAAACAGUAAUACAGAGCAUGUAAAAAUUUAUUUAUUUUUAUAUGAAAGGCAGAAUAAAAGAGACAGAUAUCUCUCAUCCAUUUUCAUCCCCGAAUACCAGCAACAGCUGAAGCUGAGAUUGGAUCAGACGUGGUCAGUUCCAGGAGCCAGGCACUCUAUCUGGGUCUCCCACAUGGAUGACAGGAACCCAAGUACUUGAGCCAUCACCUGCUGCAUCCCCAGGGACCCGUUAACUGGAAAAGCUAGAAUCAGAAGUGGAUCCAAGACUCCAACCCAAGGACUCUGUUAUGGGAUGCAGGUGUCCCAAACAGCAUUUCAACUGCUGUGCCAAAUUCCCACCCCCUAAUACAGAGUAUUUCCUGUAAAGAACUUGUUAAAUAGGCAAGAAGAGAACACUAAAACAUCGCAUCAGUGGUAAUAAAGGAAGCAGCUCUCAUGCCUGUUGCUGAGGAGCAAAUGGAAGAGUUGAGCACAUCAGCGCUGAGAAGCCUGAAGAAGGACACUAGAAAGGCUGUGCUCGCACCUGGUGAAGGGGACUGUCCGUGUCGGUGCUGGUAUCUGAGGGGAACACAGAGCAGAGCCCCAUGGAGCCCUGGGACAGAGAUCCUUGAGGGGACUUGAGACUCAUCUCUGAGUAGGUGCAGCCGAGGUGGUUCUAAACCACCUAGAAACUGGAGUCAGACCUGAUUCCGGAAUAUAGAUCUGUUCUUUUCACUGGUUUUCAGCCAUUUGCUUUUAGUGUGCCUGUGUGUAGUUUUCUUGUUUGAUCUUCUUGGAACUAUGAAAUUAUACUUUUUAUUAAAGAUGGAAAAAUUUCAGCUAUCAUUGCUUAAUA